AUGUUAACAAAAUGGAAAGUUAAACCUAUCUUUAGUAUCUCUUUACAUAAUAAGGAUAUAAAAAUAUUAAAGGCAAUACAAAGAACAUGAGGUGUAGGUAAAAUAUACAAACACGGUAAAAAUUCAGUAGCCUAUCGUGUUAGUUCUUUAAAAAAUUUGAGAGUAAUUAUAAAUCAUUUUGAUAAAUAUCCUUUAAUAACUCAAAAAUUUGCAGCAGAUUAUCUUUUAUUUAAACAAUCUGUUGCUUUAAUAGAAAAUAAACAACAUCUUACUAUGGAAGGUUUAACUAAGCUGGUUAGCCUAAAAGCUAGUUUAAAUCUAGGUUUACCUGAAAAUUUGCAAGAGUCUUUUCCUAACAUAGUGCCUGCAGUAAGACCAGAGGUAAAACCAACACUUGGGCAGGAAAUAGCUGAUAUUAAAUAUUAUAAAAAGUAA